AUGAGUGAUAACCCAGACUUGUUGGAAGUGGAGAAGUUUGACAAGUCGAAACUGAAGAAAACUAAUCCUGAAGAAAAAAAUACUCUCCCUUCUCAGGAAACUAUCCAGCAGGAGAAAGAGGCUGUCCACACAUCAUAA